AUGGCCACUCCCUCCCUGAUUGCCCUCAUCUUCCUCCUCUCCGCCUUAUAUGCAGUGACCAAGUCCAUCUACACAAGAGUCCACCGCUACCAAAAAGCCAAAGCCCUAGGAUGCCGCCCACCCACGAAAGCGCCUUCGGGCUUCCUGGGUUGGGAGGCCUACAAGCAAGGUGUCAAGGCUGUACGAGCCUCAAAGAUCCUAGAACUGAUGUGGAAUAUCCAUCUUGAACACGGCAACACGUUUCAACGCACCGUGCUGGGCGUCUCGGCCAUCGUAACCACCGAGCCGGAGAAUAUCAAAUCCAUCCUAGCCACCAAAUUCAAAGACUUCUCCCUCGGAAAACGGAACCAGAUGUUCUACCCAUUGCUGGGCGACGGUAUCUUCACCCUCGACGGCGCCGGAUGGUCGCACUCGCGCACCAUGCUGCGCCCUCAAUUCUCGCGCGACCAGAUCGCUGAUGUAGGCAUGCUGGGUGACCAUGUCGACCAGCUCAUUGCGCUCAUGCCCCGCGACGGCUCUGCUUUUGAUAUCCAAGAAUUAUUUUUCCGUCUGACCCUCGACACCGCAACCGAGUUCCUCUUCGGUGAAUCAACCAACUCCCUGGCUGCCGACAAACGCUCCUCCUCCUCCGGAGGAGGAGGAGGAGGAGGAGGAGGAGCACUGGCCAACAUCAGCGACGACCAGGACUUUGCAGAGGCCUUCAACCGCUCUUUAGACUACCUGGCUGCACGCAUCCGCGCGCAGCGUCUGUACUGGCUAGUAAACAGCUCUGAGUCUCGCAAAAUGAUCAAAGUCAUCCACGACAUAGUCGACUACUACGUUGACAAAGCCCUUGCAAGACGACAGCACGCUACCGAUCAGGAGAAAUACAUUGAUUCAUCAUCCGCACCAUCAUCAUCUUCUUUUUCUUCAAAAUACAUCUUCCUCGACGCCAUGGCCAGAGAGACCCAAGAUCGCAAAACCCUGCGCGACCAAAUGCUGCAUCUGCUCCUCGCUGGCCGCGAUACAACAGCCAGCCUCCUCUCCUCAUCCUUCUUCUAUCUAUCGCGACACCCGCGCGUCUGGAAUCGGUUACGCGAGGAUAUACUCUCCGUUUUCCCGCCGAGCGAAACAUCCCCCGCCGCCGCCGACGACAUCACAAUCGCUCGCAUACGUGACGUGCGGUAUUUGAGGCAAUUCCUCAACGAGGUGCUGCGACUUGCCCCUCCGGUCCCGCUCAAUUCUCGAUGGGCUGUUGCCGAUACCACGCUGCCAGUCGGCGGCGGGCCAGAUGGGAAAUCGCCCGUCUUCAUUCCCAAGGGUCAGAGAGUCAUGUAUAUGAUUAACAAUAUGCAUCGAAGACGGGAUCUGUGGGGGGACGAUGCGCUUGAGUUUCGGCCUGAGCGGUGGGAGGAGAAGGGGAAGCAUGGCUGGGAGUAUUUGCCUUUUAAUGGCGGGCCGCGGAUUUGUUUGGGUCAGCAAUACGCCUUGACUGAAGCUAGUUAUGUCCUCGUCCGGUUAUUGCAACGAUUUGAUUCGGUUGAGAAUGCGCAGCCUGAGAUUGCCGAGCCGAGGAUUAGAUUUAGUCUGACGGCGUCUCAUGCAUUUGGCGUUAAGGUGAAGGUGUUUCCGAGCGAAAAGUGA